CAUCAUCCUUGUGGAUGUUGGUUCAUUCAGAUGUCUGAAUCAUCAAGGGCCUGACUCUCCGUCCCCAACCCCGCAUUGUGAUCCACGGCGACCCCUCGUUGUAUCUCGCCACACCUCACCAAACUCUGUUGUUUACCUUGACACCUGCUGUCCGACCCCCCUGGACCUGCCUUGCUUGCUCCUCUGAUUGACAACCCACCCACACCUCCAACCCCGCCGCUUCCCCUUGACAUCUUCUGUCUGUGCGUUUACAUGCACACCGAUCCAUAAGCCAGUGUUCUCUCCUUCAGGAAGUGAUUGAGAACUCUGUUAGGAUAAGGUCAGAUGUCUGCAGCGAGUGCCUUUUACAUAGGUGCUUUCAAUACUUAAAUAUCUGUUGUUGGAUGCAACAAUCUAGCUCUUUUCUGGGCAAGCCUGGAUCUGAAUAAUUGGAGGAAGAAACAUGAGGUGAAUACAUCCAGUCGUUUAAAAUGUAUGGCCGCAGACCAUUGUGAAAGAUGGGAAGCAGAAUCUCACUUUGAAUCAGUCUUUGAUUGAGGUUUAUCCGAUCCUAUCUCCAUGGCAGAUAGGCGGGAGACAGUUGAUCGGACAGCUUUGGUAUGGGUAAAGCUGUCAGACUUGUGGCUGUUUAAAUGCUCAUUGACAUCGGACAUGGUGAUUAGUGUAGUGUUCACACUAUGGCUUCAUCGCUGGCCCUGUGUGUUUGAAAUCUUUCUGAGUCCGAAUGGCUUAUUGUUUUUACAUGGUAUUUUCAACUAAAGGAUGAUCAGUCCCUUGUGUCCCAAUAAAGUUGACAUGUCUAUUUGUAAAGGCAAAUACUUAUCUUAACUGUCGGUGCAUGUCAAUCACCCUGCAUGAGUGCUAGCAUGUGAGUCAUAUACAGUAUUAUUUUCACAACAGUUGUUUUUUUGCCAAUUCUGAAACAUCAUAAGCAUACAAACGUCUCCCCCACACACACACACACACACACACACACACACACACACACACACACACACACACACACACACACACACACACACACACACACACACACACACACACACACACACACACACACACACACACACACACACACACACACACAGCCGUCCCCUGGGCCGAAAAAGCAGCAUGUCAGCAAAUGAACACACACUACCAGCACAGACACAAUAGCAAAGGCUGGCAGACAAACAAACAGUAGCAUUUGCUGAAGCUGCUCUUUUAUUGUGUUUUUUUUCUUCCUUAAUCUCUUUGUAGCAUGGUUUGUUUAUGUCCAGCUGUCUCACAGCCAAAGAAGUCUUCCUCUUUUCAGGGGCAUAACAACAAUAACAAUAGGCCCGUGUCAGGGGCUUCCAAACCUUUAUUAUGUACUGCAAUGUCAUCAUGGAUUGUAUAUAUUUGUAUAUGGGUUUCAUUCACGUCUACGGCUGGAAGAGCAUGUCUUUACUCGCUUUGUUACUUCAACCGAAUUCGUAAGGCUUGGAUUCAUAUUUUUUGGGCUAUGGGUUCACGUGACUUUACGGUUCAGAUUUGCUGAUAUUGGAUUUUUCUAUACACACUGUUGAUUUAUUUAGCUUAUUGUGUUUUACCAAUGAUUAACUUGACUCUCAUUAUAACAACCACUCUGGAACUCCAGCAAUCUGGAAAUGGAUACACCAAAGAUAUGGGAACAAAUCUGACUUUGGCUCAUGCUAAAGCAUCUGUCAUCAUCAGCCUACAGUAUACGGGGAACAAAAUGUGUACAAAAACACAGAAACUCCAUGUGACUCAAUUUCUUAUAACACUCUUUAAGACACACAAUAUAUUGAAUACCAAACUCUUUAUUUCUUACUCUUUGGGAAAAUAUCAAUGACAAAACAUCCCUAUCGUCCUAUUGCUUCAAUAAUGUAUCCCAUUUAGUCGGAAAUGUAACCAAAUCCUAAUCUCCAGCUAUAUGUUCAGUUUGUGAAAAGGAUGAGGAACAAGCCUCAAUGCUCAAGACAAAACAAUUAAAAGCUAAGUGAGUGUUUGUGUCUCAUUGGUCUGUUCCUUGCUCUGCAAUGUGCGUUGAGUGACCACUCUGCUGUCCCACACAACUCGCCUAAUCAAAUGAUAUGUCCUAAUGAAUAGGACAAAGAGCUCUAUAAUGGCCUGCGGGAUGCAAGGCUAUGAUAAGGAUAUUCCUGUUGGCCACAGCAAUCAGUUGAAUACCCCAGGAAUCAAAACAGUGUGCUGUGUUGCCCUAGGACAAUGUGAACCAUACCACACCCACCCCUCCGAAAAAUUACAAGUAUGCCUCUCCACUGAACAAAAUGACUUAAAGGAAUUUAAAGAGCUCUGAUGCCAGACCGCAACUGGUCCAGAUAAUACAUCAGAGGCAAUACACAUUAAGGCAAGACACGGCAGGCAAAAACAUCGAUUUUUUUGGGGCCCGGGUAAAAUUUGAGAUUUUGAGCGAGUUCACUCCCUGAAAAUGUAAUCUUUCACCAAGCAUAAAGAAAAUAUCCUAAUUAUACAUUCAUGUCAAAUCCUAUUCACCUGCCGUGUCUCGCCUUAAAUACAGCAUCCUCUUUUAUGUUUUGUCCCAAUAUUUAGGUAUCUGGUAUCUUCAAGCUGCGAUAUUUCGGUAUGGGGCGGGGGGGUUCUUGAUGUGGCUGUCGGCAACAUCAACACAUGUGGGACUCCAGCGCUGCUUCAGGCCUGCUGCUGUUUUCCAACAUUCUGCCUUUUUAAUAAUUCAUGGUUUUUGUAGAGUUGAUCUUGUGUCCCGGCAGCAGCGUUCCCGAACCCCGGAGAGCGAGAGAUAUACAUGCACAGGAGAGGCUAGAGGAGCACUGCGGGAAUUAACGCAAUGCCAUACUGUUCAAAGGAUGUUGACCUAGCUACAAUGUAGAAAAUAAGAAAAUAACAGCAGGAGAUAACGGCAACGGAGAGAUGGCAAUGAGAAGGGGAAGUCUUCCAGUGAGAGACUUUAGCCCAAUGGGAGAGAUUGUUCCAAGCGAUUCCCUGGAGGUGCCUAGCGAGGCCGCCAUGUCGGUGAACGUGCACGAGAACAGGAAGUCCCGCUCCAGCACGGGCUCCAUGAACAUCUCGCUGUUCCACAAGCCGUCGCACCCAGACAGCGUGCUGACCCACCUCAACACGCUGAGGAAACAGUGCAUGUUCACAGACGUGACGCUGUGGGCUGGGGACCGCUCGUUUCCCUGCCACAGGGCCGUCCUGGCCGCUUGCAGCCGCUACUUUGAGGCCAUGUUCAGUGGUGGAUUGCGAGAGAGUCUGGACAGUGACGUCAACUUCCGGAACAGCAUACAUCCAGAGGUGCUUGAGCUACUGCUGGACUUUGCGUAUUCCUCGAGGAUCAUCAUCAACGAGGAGAACGCAGAGUCCCUGCUGGAGGCCGGGGACAUGCUGCAGUUCCACGACAUCCGCGACGCAGCCGCAGAGUUCCUGGAGAAGAACCUGCACUCGUCCAACUGCCUGGGCAUGAUGCUGCUGUCGGACGCACACCAGUGCAAGAGGCUGUACGAGCUGUCGUGGCGGAUGUGUCUGGUGCACUACGAAACGGUCCUGGAAUCCGAGGAAUUCUACAGCCUGUCUAAAGAAAAACUACUGGAGCUGAUCCUAAGCGAUGAACUCGAGAUUGAAGACGAAGAGGUGGUGUUUAACUCAGCGUUGCGGUGGGUGCGCUUUGACCUGGAGGGCCGACGGCACCACCUGCCUGAGCUGCUGAGGGGCGUCCGGCUGGCCCUGCUGCCCUCUGAGUGCCUGCUGGAGGCCGUGGCCUGUGAGGAGCUGGUCAUGGCGGACAAGAGGAGCAGCCUUGAAGAGAGAGGAGGUGGGACAUGUAAAUCAAGGAGUGGCUGUUUUAUACAGAGGUUGAUAGUGGAGGAGGCAAUGCAGUGCAAGAAGAGGAUCCUGCAGAACGAUGGCAUGGUGACCAGCCCGUGUGCCAGACCACGCAAGGCGGGACACACGCUGCUCAUAUUGGGGGGCCAGACCUUCAUGUGUGACAAGAUAUACCAGGUGGACCACAAAGCAAAGGAGAUCAUCCCCAAGGCCGACCUGCCCAGCCCCAGGAAGGAGUUCAGCGCCUGCGCCAUCGGCUGCAAGGUGUACGUCACGGGGGGGCGGGGCUCUGAGAACGGCGUGUCCAAAGACGUGUGGAUCUACGACACCAUCCACGAGGAGUGGUCCAAGGGGGCGCCCAUGCUCAUAGCCAGGUUCGGCCAUGGCUCCGCAGAGCUGGAAAACAGUUUAUAUGUUGUAGGAGGACACACGGCUAUAGCGGGGGUGUUCCCUGCCUCGCCCUCCGUCUCCCUAAAGCAGGUGGAGCGGUACGAUCCCCUCACCAACAAGUGGACCAUGAUGGCUCCCCUCAGGGACGGAGUCAGCAACGCAGCUGUGGUCAGCGCCAAGCUCAAACUGUUUGUGUUUGGAGGCACCACUAUCCACCGAGACAAGGCCUCUAAGGUCCAGUGCUACGACCCCGUCGGCAACCGCUGGAGCAUCGCGGCGGAAUGCCCGCAGCCGUGGCGCUACACAGCGGCGGCCGUGCUGGGCAGCCAGAUCUUCAUCAUGGGCGGCGACACGGAGUUCACCGCCGCCUCGGCCUACCGCUUCGACUGUGACACCAACCAGUGGUCGCGCGUGGGGGACAUGACCUCCAAGCGCAUGAGCUGCCACGCCGUGGCGUCGGGCAACAAGCUGUACGUGGUGGGCGGCUACUUCGGCACGCAGCGCUGCAAGACCCUGGACUGCUACGACCCCACGGGGGACAGCUGGAGCUCCAUCACCACCGUGCCUUACUCCCUCAUCCCCACCGCCUUCGUCAGCACCUGGAAGCACCUGCCCGCCUAACUGCUACCCCUGACCCACCUCUUCCAGUGGGGAAGGCGGGACAUGGAAGAGCUGACACCGGUGUUGCUGUGCUGUCCAUUCUCAAGGAGAGGACCCACCAUAGGGGCCUACACCGCUGGCUGGCAACGCCAUUACCUCCCCGCCAUCCCGCCCGGGGCUGCUGCACCAUCUACAAGCGUGUAAAAAAGAAGAUGGCUCACAGCAAAUCAUCACCUCAGAAAAUACGGACUCCACGUGGAGGGACCAAUCGCGGACAAGCCGGUCUCCAAAAGCUCAAACUAGAAGGAGAGGAGAUGUUCUCCGGCAUGCAAGGCUUCCUGAACGAUGUGAUAGUUUGUUAGAAUUCGUAGUCUUUUAAAAAUCAACAGAGGAACUGCAACAAGAUGAACCCAACUGACAAACCAACUCAUGGUUGGUUGCACAACCACUGAUGGGGUAAUUUCUGUUAUUUAAUUCUCAUAGUUUCUUUGCUGGAUGUCUUCAGAAGUUUGUGUUUAGCAUUUGUGAUAAGAGUACACAAUCAUUCCUCAUUUGAAACCAAAAGCUAAGGCUCUUAAACACGGUAUAUGAUUCAAGAUGAUAUAUCUUGAUAUAUCUUAUCUUGUUGUACUAUGUUGGUUUCUGCCACAAUGUUGCCAACCAGUAGCGAUCAAACAGAAUUUAACAGUCUCAAGUACAUAGCAUGCUUUGCACGUCUUACUCUUAGUUCAUUCCCAUUGUUUUUCCAAACUAAGGGAUGGACAGGCAGAUAUUUCUGUAGCUAUGUCAUGAAUAGUUAAAAAGUCCAGUAUCUCGCUACAGUUACAUAAACUCCCUUCCCGCGCAUCUUGUAAUAGCAUAUGGUUUUAAAGCACUGCAGGAUCUCACUGAUGCAAGUGGCAUCGUUCUUGUGAAUCCUGGUCUGAAAAGGAUUCCCUCCUAUUCGGAUGAAGUACUUAAAGCUGUUUCAGUGUGCAGUUACUUACAGAUGUAUUGGUUCUUACAGAUGUAUUAGCUUAUCAUUUGGGGCCACUUUACUAAGUGAAUUUUUGGCAUCUGACAAAGCCAACUUUUCCCCCUGUUGUCUUUCAGCCAUGCCUUAUGAAGUGCUCUAGAUCUACGGCUGGGCGGUAUUAACACUAGGACUUUUAAGACUUAACAAAAUAUUCAAAAGAUAUGUGCAAUUGUUUUUAAUUUGCAUUACAAAAGUUACCAUUGAAAAUAUGUUGUAAUUUCAGGUAUAUCAGAUCAAUAUUCAUACAUUUUUGGAUGAAAUGUAUUGUAAUUACAAGUACAAUGUUACGCAGUUUUGCAUCCAAACAGCGUUAUUCUGUGGACAGCCAUUAAUUGCAGGUAUAACGGUAUGUACAAUGAGCACGGCACAUGUUACUCAUGUUACACAUGAGUACUGACACUAUAUAAGUGCAAUUCAAUUUUAUAUAUUAUAAUAAUAAUAAUAAAUUAAAUUUAUAUAGCGCUUUUCUCGCACUCAAAGCGCUAUCAAACCUUGUUUUGUUGCUAGAUGGAAGUCUUAUGACAAAAUCAAGAGACUACAACACUACACAUUAUAAUGAAUUAUGAUUAAGAACAUGCUACUGAAAGAUAAUGGAAUUAUCGCUCAGCCCUAUGUAGCAGUCAGUCAAAAUUCUAGCUUCUGUCAUUGCUACUAUUUUGGUUUAUGUAUACUAUAAAAUAACUAAACAUCUGUUGGCUCAUGUGUAUUCUAGUUGAGCUUGUUCAAACCCAUGCUAACAGGGCAAGGAUAUUCAGUUCAAACCAAACAUAUUAAGCCUUUUUCUGCCAUUCUACUGCAAAUGGGCUGAUCCACAAUCUUGAUGAGUCUUAAAAAGGAAUAACAUGGCAAUGACAACCAACCAAUGAAACUAAGGAAUGAAUGUGCUCUUUGUUUCUUUAAGAAAAAAAAUCGUACCAUUUUUGGAUGUUUUAAUGGCUCAUUAAGGGCAUAUUCCAGUCAAGUCGGAGAAACAAGGUUUUCACACAUUGCAGAUUUGGAUACUUGAUGCAGUAUCACCCAUGUAGUGAUGUGCAAUUUCUGUCUGACAAAAAUGACACUUAAAUGAGGGGGAGAAAAGCAUCCACUAUCAUUACCCUUGGAUUUUCUUCAACUCUGACAGUUACAUGUCAGAAAGCAAUGGCACACAACUUUUGUAUGAAUUGGAAAAUGAAGGGAGAAGAGGAGAUCGUUUUUUCUGCAUUUUUGAACAAACUUUUUACUGGACAAUGAGGAUUUUUUAAAUUAAAUCUGAUUAUGGUGGGAGUUGAAUAUGUGAAGGACUUCUUUUUGCAAGAGAUGAGAUUUGGAUGUUUUUACUGAUGGAAGAAAUAAAUAAAAUGAUCACACAAA